AUGGCGCCUGCUACUCUGUCGACGGAGGAAGGAGCGGUCGCCAAGAACGUCGGCGAGGGGCAGGGGAGCGCUUCGGCACCGCCGGAGAGGAGGGUACGGUCCCUGCACCCGGACGUGGCGGAGCUGUUCCGUGCCCGGCGCACCAGGAAGCAGGCGGCGUCGCCGGCGCGUGCGGCCAAGGGAGGAGCGGAGGAGGAGGGGCGCGCCCGGUACAACUACGUGUUCGAGCGCGAGGAGGCGGACGAGGCGGCGCUCCCGGCGCCGCCCAGGCUGGUGUGGGCCAAGGUGAGGGGCUACCACUGGUGGCCGGCGCAGGUGUUCGACCCGGCGGACGCGUCGGCGCUGGCCCUCGGGGAGCGCCGGAGGCGCGGCGCCGCCCUGGUGGCACACUUCUGGGAUCGGACCUUCGCGUGGGAGGCCGACCCGGCGGCGCUCCGCCCGUUCCGCGAGGGGUUCCCGCGCUUCGCGGCCGUCGACCGCGCCCACGUCCCGCGCUGGGGCGCCCACAAGACCAUGUCCCCGUUCGCCUCCGCCGUGGACGCCGCGCUCGGCGAGGUCGCGCGCCGCGUCGACUUCGGCCUGUCGUGCGACUGCGCCAUCAGCCGCGGCGUCGCCAGGAGGCAGGUGGUCGACAACCCCGGCGUCCGGGAGGGCGCGCACGGGGCCGUGGUGGACACCGCCUUCGCCAGGGACGCGUUCCGCGGCGACGUGUUCCUCGAGUACCUCUCCGCGCUCGCCGUCGCGCCGCUCGCCGGGGCCGACAGGCUCGAGCUCACCGUCGCCACCGCGCAGCUCAGGUCCUUCACCCGGUGGAGGGGCACCCGAGGCCUCCCCGUGUACACGGUUUGGUACGGCAUCCGCGACACUGCGGACGGCGCCAUGGGCGGCACGCCGGCGCGCCGUGGCCGUGCCAGUGGCACUCCCAAGAGGGGACGGCCGAGGGGCGACAGCGCCGAUGGCAAGUGUAAGAUGUCAAGGUGCGUCACCUGCGGCAGGCCAAGAGAGGGUGCGGAAGACGCCUUGGAGCUGGAGAACUACGAGCCAGCCCCACAGCCCCAGUCUCACAAGACGACCACAAAGAUGGGGAAGCUCAUGCGCAGGGCCGCACGGCGGAUGUCGCUGUCGCCGGUGACCCGCAGAGCCGAUCUCGGCACUCCUCCGGCGAAUGCUGGUGCCGUCACAAGGGGCACAAGCGCUGCUGCUGCCGCCGAUCAUGCCGCUCAGCCGCACGACGUCGCAGUCACCACGGCCGCUGCCGGUCAUACCGCGCAGCCGCCGCACGACGUCGCCGCCACCACGGCUGCUCCUCCGGCGAAGACCCCACAGAGCGUCGGCCUCAACAACAAGGACGAGCAGGCACGGCUGACCGGGCUGCUGCUCAACUUCACCGGCCCGACCGCCGUCCCUCCGGCGAGCGACCUCGUCGACAUCUUCAGCCGGUUCGGGCCCGUCGUGGAGGCCAGGGCAGAGGGCUUCUCCGUCGCCGUGGUGGUCUUCGAGAGCAGCCUGGACGCCGCGGCGGCGUUCGCGGGCACGGCCAAGAUCGGCGCCCUCCUCCCCAACCUCGCCAGCUUCCGCCUCGCCUACUCGCUGUCGGCCGAGUCUCCACAGAGCCCCAUGAACGCCGACGAGAUGGAUCACCUGCUCGAUCAAGCUGAUAAGAUGGAUCUCCUCGACCUCCUCGCGCUCGAAGCUCUUCAGUAGCUGGUUUUGCAGAACCACUCAGGUUAUUUUGGAUAGGAGAAUUGAGAAGAUGAUGGAAGAGUUUACAUGUUCAAAUCAAACAAGGAAAUUUUGAAUCAGUAGGGGAUGAUAACCUGUAGCAGGAAAAAAUAGUUGAGGAAGUAGUCAAUUGUGUUGCAUCCA